UACACUCUGAUGAAAGAUCCUGUCAUUUUACCAUCUUCAAGAAUCAUAGUAGACAGACCCAUGAUUCAGAGGCAUCUUCUCAGUGACCCUCUGCUCUUUCCAAAUCCGCUAGAUAUCCGGUCCCAAAUCGUCACCCCUUUCUUUAUUUUUUCGAUAAUAGAGUUGGCUAUUUCUGUGGCGUCAUCUCCCGAAGGCAGCGGCGACGGCGAUGAAGCUAGCAGAGGUCGGCGAUGCAGGUGGGUGUCGUUCGCAAAGAGAAAGGGCGGUGUUGGAGACCCCGAACAAAACAUCGACUCUUUGAAGGAACGGUGGAAGGAGAUGGGGUUGAGGGGAUGUAGAAGAAAAAAGAAGCGAUGGGAAGCUCUAGAUUGGUGGGAAGUGGGGAUCAUCAUGGAUUGGUGGAUGUUAAUUUGUUAUUGGUUUAGAGUAACGACGGAUAUUAAUCCCAAAAAUAUCGAUAGAUUAUGAGAAAAAAAGGACCAAUAGAGAGUUAAAAUUAGCUCUAAAAACAAUAAAAAUUCUUUUAAAUACCUGAAUAUAAUUUGUAUGCCUUAUCAAUGUCGCUGAAGAAUUAUUAUAAAAUUUUCUGAACGGUAA